GGCAGAGCUCGCAUUGCCUCGCGCGUGCCAGCGCGCGCGCGCCCACCACCCGCGGCGGACCUACCCGGAGCGACGCCGCUCCUCGCCCGGCCUGCCCAGCCCCCCCCUCCCCGACCUGCUCCCCGCCCCGCCGCGCUCGCAGUCUUCCUUAGUUACCCGGAGAAAACCCUACGUGCCCCAUAAGAGUACUGCCACAUCACAAGCCAACCCGAUGGCGUCCUCUACUGCUGUGCCUGUAGGAUUUCACUAUGAAACAAAAUACGUAGUUCUCAGCUACCUGGGACUUUUGUCACAAGAGAAGCCACAGGAGCAUCCUCCUCCUUCAACACAAGGGACUCAACAGCAGCUUAUUGCACAACAUGCUUUGGAGAAAGAGGCUUUGGAGAAGAUUAAGAUAGAAAUUGAGGAGGAGCUAAAACAUCUUGAUGAAGAAAUCUUAGAAGCUUUUACCACUACAGGAUUUGACUGCCACACUUCCCCAGUGUUCAGUCCUGCCAACCCAGAGAGCUCAAUAGAAGACUGCCUGGCUCAUUUGGGAGAGAAAGUGUCCCAGGACCUUAAAGAACACCUGCACAAAGCACUACAGAGCUUGCUUAGCAAGCCAGUGACAUAUCAAGAAUAUCGACAGCUCACAGAAGAGACAGCUGCCCAUGCCAGUGGAUGGAAUAAGGUCUUGGUACCCCUGGUUCUGCUACAACAAUUUCUGAUGGAGUUAACCAGACGGGGCCAGGAGCCACUGAGUGCACUUGUGAACUUUGGGGUGACAUAUCUAGAAGACUAUUCAGCAGAUUAUAUCAUUCAACAAGGAGGAUGGGGGACGGUCUUUACUUUGGAAUCUGAAGAGGAAGAGUACCCUGGGCUUAUUGCAGAGGACAGCAAUGACAUCUACAUCCUGACCAGUGACAACUCGGGACAGGUGAGCCCCCCAGAGUCCCCCACGGUGACCACGUCGUGGCAGUCAGAGAGCCUGCCCGUGUCCCUGUCAGCGAGCCAGAGCUGGCACACAGAGAGCCUGCCGGUCUCCCUGGGACCUGAGUCCUGGCAGCAAGUGGCCAUGGAUCCUGAAGAAGUCAAAAGCCUGGACAGCAAUGGUGGGGGUGAAGAGAGGAGUGAGAACAACUCUUCCAACUCAGACAUCGUUCAUGUGGAGAAGGAAGAGAUUCCGGAGGGGAUUGAGGAGGCAGUGGUGGCAGCUGGUGCUGCACAGACAGUGCAGGCAGUGUUUCCAGAACCCCCUGCUCCUUCACAGGAGGUAAAACCUCCAGCUGAAAUUGCUGCUGCUCAAAAAGCACAUCCCUCCGCACUGCUGCGUGCAAAACAGGAGGAAAAGGGAAAAGCGGCUGAAGAGCUUGUUGAACCUGAAACCCCCGUACUAAGUAAACCUGUCCCAAAGUUAACCCCAUCAGAAGAAAAGGCUGCACCAGAACCUGAGAAAAUACUGCUUCCAGGGGAAAAAAAAGUAGGGAAAGAGGGCCAAUUGGAAGAAAUGGAAGAGAAGCCCUCCGCUGCAGAGAAGCCUAUCCUACUGCCGGAAGGGAAAUCUAUACUGCUGUAUGGUGGGGCUGCUGCGGUGGCCAUACUAGCUGUAGCAGUUGGAGUAGCGCUGGCGCUUAGGAAAAAGUAAGGGGGCUCUCGUGAGGAAGAGGAGGAGGAGGGGGAAGAGAGAAGAGAGCACGAUCCCAUUUUUGUAGUUGUGUUACCUAAAGGUUGAGCUGCCUGCUGUUUAACUGGACGUUUGAGUAACUUACUGGUGAUGGGGUGAGGUCGUUCAGUAAGCCUCCAGCUAUGGACAAUCAAGUUUUUAGUAGAUUUGGGGUGGGACUGGUUUUUCGUGAUUAAAGUACAGGGGUAUUUUUAAAAAACAACAAUAAAUUCUGCACAUUUAAGAACUGUGGGUGCUGAAGAAAGGGGCACUCGUACUCUAGGAACUGGAACAGAGAAUCCCCAGGGGAAGGGGAGAGCCAGCUGCUGCCAACCCCUGGAGUUUGUGGCUUCUAAGACUGACCGCUAUUGCAGCUGUGCUGUCUUGUUGUGCCCCUGAGCCCCCCCCCCAAAAAAAACAUUAGCCAACCUGAGUCGUGUAGUGAGAGGCUGGUCUCCCUUUUGUCUCGGCUUCCUCUCAGGUACAGCACUGCUCCUCGUAACCUCGCAGGUUCCUCCUAAGCCCCAGUGGGACAGUGCUUAUUCUUACCUCUUUGUUCACAGCGGUUUUGGCCACUCACAUUUACUGGAGCCCCAUCUUGUGAAGAUGCUGCCUCUUGAUAGCUGUAUUAUCUCUGAACAUCUGGGUGUUCCUGGGGAAGAGGUGCAGGACACGCUUUGGCUGCCCAGGAGGGAUGCUGCUCUUUGCUGGUUUGAGAAUCCAUUAGCUCCAUGAGUUACCAGAGGUGCAGAAUUCAUGCUGGACACAGUGCCAUUCUGAUCAGAAUUGUGGCACCAGGGUAUGUUCAGCCAAGAUACAACAAAACUACGUGGAAGCGAGGCCUCUGCAAUUCAAAGGUUAAGGGCUCUGCUGUCCUGUACCAUGCUGCAGUCUGUACUGUCUUUCCCAGGUUAAGCACAGUGUAUUUAGUCCUAACUUGGUCUUGGCUGUGACAGAAUCCUAGGUACAUAAGGCAAUGGAUUCUGGAACUCAGCAAAACAGCAUUAAACAUCUCUUCUGUCUGCCUGUUCCUGAGUUGACCUGAGUUGUGUUCAGUGUGAUUUUCUUUGCAACGCUGAACCUGUGAUUAAUGAACUUACAUGAGGAAGUUACUUUAGCAAAAAGCAGGCACUACACUUCCAGUGUGCAUGGAGGGACAUGAGUACUGCCAUACACAUUAGUUAUGUCGGGUGCACCUGUAAGCGUUCCUCUCUGCGCGUCUGUGUCUGUUCCUGUCCAUGCUGCAGCUCUGUGUGCCAGAUCUUGUGCUCUCCUGGCCAAAGCAGCAGCACAGCUCUGAGGGCUUGUGCUGGCACUGGGGCUUCAGCCAGGUGGAGGCAGGAGAGAGAGGACUCGGACUUACAGGAAGCUGACUCUUCAUGAGCACAAAGACAAGGUACUUCAUCCUGCAUAACCUUCUCUAGAGUACAUCUCCUACUGAGCCUGUUUCUUAAGUGAGCUGAGAAUGGAGUUAUUUUAGCACAUUCUGUAUUCUAGGAUAUUGUUGCUAUAUUUUCCUAUCUCCCUCUGUAUCCUGGGAUGCUGGGAAGUCAGAACCUGGCAGACUGUGGAAAUUUUUGUGUUUAAGCUUUGAUGAGUGGAUAUUUUUUGAAAGCUCACUGGAUUUUGGAAAGUGUGUGUGAAGUUGAAUAUUAAGAGGAGGGUUUGUUGCGUGUGUACUGCUGCUGUGGACUGAACUCAGGAGCUCUGGGGUCCUGGAUGCCACUGCUGAUCACUGAUUGCUCUUUAUCUACAUACACAUGACAUCAGGUCAGCCUUAAUGGAAAAAGAAGCCCUUUAUCAUGUUGCAAAGCAGAAUUGUCUCCUUUUUGCCAUUUCCUAGUACCCUGCUGGUAUUCCCACUGCUGCACUACAUGCCCAGAAUGGGUCUCUGGGAUCUCACACCACCGGUUCUGGUGUUUGCCAUCCUCGCCUCUCGUAGGACCUUCCAGGGAGAGGCUUCUUUAUGUUCCUUUUGUCACGUACAGGCACAGUGUUUACAGGUUUGCUCCACUUCCCAUGUCCCAACAGUGCUUAUCUACAGCUGACAGUCUUUGAGGGCACCUGCUUGUUCCUGUGUGGCAAGGGCUGCUUCACGACCCCUGCAUCAGGGUAGGCUGCCCCUCUCCUGAUGCUUUGCUCAUGAUGCUGGGAGAAGGGUUGUUCUUGACCCGACCUACUCAGCCUCUCCUUACAGAAGAUGCUGCACCUGCACUAGGGACACCCCCCAUGUGUAGCCAUGCAGCGGGUUACACAGAAGUAGCCAUGCAUGUGCUGAAGCAGAGAUGGAUUCUGUGGCCACAACAGACAACUUGUGUACAGACCGAUGGGGGGAACAGGGAUGGUGGUGUUUUAGCCCUUCUCUCUGCACGGUUUUCAGUAGUAGUGUGGGAGAUGGGGUCAGAACUGAGGAGUAUAAAUCCACACCAGGUAGAGAAGACAUCCCUAGUUUGUUGGCACAGGGUGUCCAGCAGGGUAUUCUUCUACACACAGGAGGAGAAGGUGGCAGCAGCAAUGAGGAAAAUAAAUUCAUUUGUUCUGUUACAUGUUUUCUUGGUGGUGCAAAAGCCUGCCACUAGAUUUAGUGGAGCAUUGGCUGCACUGUGCAUUUUGAUUACUUGGUCCUUUCUUUAUAUUCUUCUUGUUUUAGGGUCUUGUAGAUUUGACAAGUCAGCAAGAAUUUGUACCCUCUUCUUCCUCCCUUCCACAGACCACACAGUUACACAUGAUAAAGUUUCUGUCUCUUUCCUAUGGAAACACUCCAUUGACAAAAAGAGCUCAGUUACAGACCUGAAUUCUACUGAAUUUGGGUCCCUGCAGUCAGAGCUGGGAAAGGCCCUGUGGAAGUCAAAAAGCUCAGAUGACAGCAUUCUUACAGACCUGAGUGCCAGGCUGCUUGCUCUGUUAUAGGUGUGGAUUAGGUAAAGGAAGGGUUUUUCUUCUUUCCCCCCAUCUUCAAGUGUAUUGAAGUAAUCCUAAACUGCAGGGUCUAAUUACCCAGAGCCAUGUGAGACAACUUCUCUUCAGUGGCUCCCUUGCAGCUGAAGACGAAAAGCAGUAGCUCUACACUUACACUUAUGAAAGGGCAUACAGAAUUACUCUCACUUGUGUCGCUUAUCCCCUUCCCAAAAGUGCCUCAAUAUCUGUCCUUGAGUGGCCUGUACCUUAACAAAAUAUCUACCUUAGACCCAUUCUUUCUUCACUUUGUCCCUAUCUGCAGCAUACCCUAAAGCUGAGAUGCUGGAACAGCAGAGAACUGGAUCUAUGAAAAAAGUGGUAAAUACUUAAGGAACUGCAGUGCUAAACAAGAAGCUGCCAAGUGAAAGGCUUUCAAGAGAUGGUGCCACUUAAAUUCAGUUGUGCUUAACUCUAAGCUGUGCUCAUUUGGGUGCUGCUGCUAGGAGCUGGGCAAGGGCUGCCCUCAGCAAGUGCCCUGAACAGCAGGCUGGGAGCAAAGGCUGAAGCCCAGAAUCCUGUUGCACAACAGCCCAAGCUGCAGGCACAGAGCCACUGUCCACAGAGCCCAAGGUGGACUCCUGCCACCUAAAUUCCCUGAACAGCAGCAACUCCAUGCUGCAGGGCUGUAGUUGGUGCAGCAGUGUUGAUCGGCUCAGCUACAGCAAAACAGGAAUACUGCUGGGCACACAGCAUGGCAGCUUGGAAACAUCAGGUUUUGGUUCCCUUUGGGCAGGUUAGACACCAAGUAGGAGUUCUCAGGGUGGCAAUUUGGUUGCUGAAAAAUGCUGAUGGUAACUUAGAUCUAAAAACACUAACUCUGGCCCAUUGGACCAGGCCAGAGCCAAGACAGAACCACUUCUGCUGCAGCCCUCUGUCCAUUCUGCUGGAAGUCACCAGCUCCUAGCACCUUGCCAGCAGUGCAGCAGACAGUCUGUGCACCUGGGUUGGACACCAGUUUAAAGUGUGGUUGGAGAUGAAGUGCCUCUUGUUGUGGUGGUUGCAGUUGGCUGUUUCUUUCCUAACCUGCCUUCUGGAGAGCAAGUUACUGCUACAAGACUCUAGCCUUGCUGCUUGUGAGGGCUUGAGUUCUCAUCAUGGCUGGGGCUGGGCUCAAAGGCUGAUGAAAGCUGUCAUUGCAAGUGCUCCUUCACAGGGCAAGUCCUGCUGCCAGAAUCCUAGGUCCUUCCUUUCCACAUGGCUCUGAUUGCAGUGAGGUUAAUACUUUAGACUGUAUUUCACACUAAGCAAUACUUUCUAAUGGCCACCAAUGUAAAAUUUCAUUAGUACUGGACAAACUGAGGUUCUUAAGUUUGUUCUUUUUUCAGUUUAAGGCUUGUAGUAAACAAAAUAAGCUGGAGUUAUAACCCUCCCUGACAUGUAAUUUCAGCUCCGGCAGUACGGCAGUACUAGCAGAGCCCUACUGAGUUGAUCUUGCUAUUCUAGCACAAAACCUAGGAGUGCUUCUGGCAGCAUCAUCUCUCACUCACUGACGAGAGCAAGCUCAUGCUACAGAGCUACUUGAUUCUGCUGCUGUGGGGUGCCUGGAGGGAUGAUCACAGCCUGGCUGCUGUGCCAGGUCUUCCGCAUGUCUCAUGUCAGGCAUGAAACAUGCUGCAGGCCAAGUUGCCUGUAUGUGUCUUACUCCACACCAGGAACAGACACAUACAAUAGCAGUAGUGUCUACUCCAGUAGGCUGCACAACAGGAUAAAGUGGUUCCCAGUGAAAUAUGGAGAGGUGACAAAUUAUCUCCUGUGCCUAGUGAAGGCAGCAGCUGUGCAUGACUUUAAUUUGGCUUAGUCUGCUUGAGCACUGGGAAAACUGUGAGAACAGCAUUGCUUUGAUUCAGUGUACAUACCUGUGCUUCAAAGUGCAAGCUCUCUAUUGCCAUUAAAAAGAUUUAAGCCACCACUCCUUGACUCUUGGGCCCAUAUAGAGCAGAGGCUGUAGGGCUGGCUCUGGGCAGCAGCACUCAGUGUGUGUGUGACUGCUGAAGUGACCUUCCCUGACUGGUGUGCUCAGCUGGGGUACAGGAGCAGCACCAGGCUGGACAGGGUGAACCCAGGGGACCCACACCAUCACACGGCCCCAGUGCACCUCCUUAAGUUAAAUCACUUUAUCACUUUUUUCCUACUUGGAGCUGACCCUCCCUUGGUCUCUUAGGUAGACUGCCUGGCUUCCUCCAAGAAAGAGGCCUAUGGUUACACUGUAGAAGUGAGGGAGCUACAGUUAGCUUCCAGUGGAAGCUGCUUCUGAUCUCCCUGCAGUAUCUGCAGGGGAGGGAAGAAGCAGUAUUGGUUUGGACAGAACAAGCUGCAGAGGAUGCACCAUACUGCUAUUUAGGGGGCCUGUCCCCAUUUUUAACUUACAGUACAAGCUUUUAUUUGAGUGUAAAGCUAAAACCCACUCAGACCAAAACUAUGCCACUUGCUUUGUUAAGCAGCAAAGACUAAUGGGACUGACUCUGAAACAUGCAUGUUAGGGCCUAUCUCUCUUCUAGGCUUCUGGGUGUAAGCAUAGUCAUGGACUUGCAGGGAUGUCAGAUUCUAUUCUGGAGAGGCCUGCCUGGGGGGAAGAGACCCUGACUGAUCCUCAAGUCACCCAUUAUCCAAGGAACUGGUCAUUUUGUUCCUCUUUAUAUGCAAGUGCAACCCCCUUGGGGAAAACUGGCUAAAGCUUCUUGUGCCAUUUGGUUAACAAAAGUGUUUCCACCUUUAAUAGUUCUUUCCAGCUUCAUGGCUCUACAUUCAGUUUAAGUGAAGGGGUAUGUGCAUUUUUUCCCUCUGCUAAUGGGACACUGCUGUAAGACCAUGCCCCCCAGUUGCACUUUAAUAAAUGGUACAGUUUUCAAAAACC